AUAGACCCCAACUUGAAAUAAAGAUUAAACACGGGUGGAUAUCAUAUAAUGUGUCGUUUUUCUGGCAUGAAUCUUUCCAUUCUCAAGCCUAAGCAUCCAAGGAUAUACAUUGGCGACCAUUUAAAUUAUAUACCACAAUCUUAUCUUGUUGAACACUCUGGCCCUCCCUCCUAAUGUUUAUAUAUUGCAGCAUCUUGGAAGAGUAAUCCCCCAUCACACUGGAACCAUUCAUUGUUUUCAUCAAUAGUCAAUAGAGUUCGUGGGUGAAAAGUUUGAAGAUGUUGUGUAAGGAAGGGCUUGUGUUCUUAGCUCAAAACUACUUUGACCCUACAGUGGCAGCACUUCUCUCCAUAGCUAUUUUAGCGUUGGUUUCGAAAGUUUGCUGGCGACAGAGGAGCAAGAAUGUUGGAGGAAUUCCUGGUAACUUGGGGUUACCUUUUGUAGGGGAAACCUUCUCUUUUCUUUCUGCUAAUAACAGUACCAGAGGAUGUUACCACUUUGUCAGGCUCCGCAGGUUGUGGCAUGGUAGGUGGUUCAAGACAAGGCUAUUUGGAAAGAUACAUGUGUUUGUUCCAAGUGCAGAAGGUGCAAAAGCAAUAUUUGCCAAUGAUUUUGUCCAAUUCAACAAGGGCUACGUGAAAUCCAUGGGAGAUGCUGUUGGGGAGAAGAGUUUACUAUGCGUUUCCCAUGAGAAUCACAGAAGGAUUAGACGUCUUCUAGCUGAUCCUUUCUCCAUGACUUCUCUGUCUAAUUUUGUCAAAGAAUUUGACGACAUGCUCUCCAAAAGGCUAAAGAAACUAGUAAAAGAUGGGAAAAGUUUUGUACUGCUUGAUUUUAGCAUGAAGAUAACAUUCGAUUCCAUGUGCCAUAUGCUAAUGAGUCUAAGAGAUGAAUCUACACUAAGACAGAUUGAGAAAGACUGUAUAGCCGUCUCUGAUGCCAUGUUAUCUUUCCCAGUCAUGAUUCCGGAAACUAGGUACUACAAAGGCAUCAAGGCACGAAACCGACUGAUGAAAAGAUUUAGAGAGAUAAUUUUCCGACGGAGGAGGGGAGAGGAGUCACCCAAAGACUUCCUGCAGUCAAUGUUGCAGAGAGAUUCAUAUCCUUCAAAUGAAAAGCUGGAUGACUCAGAGAUAAUGGAUAACCUAUUGACACUGAUAAUUGCAGGCCAAACCACCACAGCCGCUGCUAUGAUGUGGAGUAUCAAGUUCCUGGACGAGAACAGAGAGGCCCAAGAAAGGCUACGGGAAGAACAAUUGUCAAUUCUACGAAAUAAGGAAGAUGGAGAAUUGCUUACCCUUGAAGAUCUUAACAAAAUGUCCUACGGUUCAAAGGUUGUCAAAGAAACGUUGAGAAUGUCCAAUGUUUUGCUGUGGUUUCCUCGUGUGGCACUAGGGGAUUGCAGAUUAGAAGGUUUUGAAAUAAAGGAAGGAUGGCAUGUGAACAUCGAUGCAACAUGCAUUCAUUAUGACCCAGAUUUGUACAAGGACCCCAUGCAAUUCACCCCUUCCAGAUUUGAUGAAAUUCAAAAGCCAUACAGUUUCAUACCUUUUGGAUCUGGACCCAGGACCUGUCUAGGCAUUAACAUGGCCAAAUUAACAAUGUUGGUCUUCUUGCACAGAAUGACUGGAGGGUACAAGUGGACGGUUGAUGAUCCAGAUCCUUGCCUUGAAAAGAAGGCACACAUCCCUAGGUUGAGAAGCGGCUGCCCCAUUACUUUGAAGACCUUGUAAGAUGGGACAUAAGCAUAGAUGUGAGAACUUCAUCUCAGGUAUAGAUACGAGUGGCGAGAUUCUAAUGUGGUAAUGAGAUAGGUUAAAUACCUUAAAAUGUGAGGAAGCAGGCGGAUUAUAUGCAUGGCCAUGGCUUCUAAUUACCUACUCUUUUCUAUGCUUCACAUAAAAGCAAAUCAGAAGAGAAAAGACAAAAGGGAACUUUGCAACACUGCAGUGGGAAGGGAACGAAGAAUUAUUACUGGAGUCUAUACGAAAUUCAAUAUAAUUUGAGGGAAAAAAAAAAUUGAAGCAAGAGUUCCUACUUGUCAUGCACUCCAUAAGAUCCGGUUACCUGUUUGGUUUGAUUUUGCACACCUAUAAAGACUUCUCUCCCUGGAUUCUCCAUCAGUCUGACUCCGUGGUUUAUUUUCUACAGAACAUUGAAGUAUAUUUCUUUUUAAAUAUUCCAAUCUCUAUGGUUAAUAUGUGUGUAGUGCUUGAUAACGUUUAAUUUUCAAUAUUAUAUAAUAUACACGUCACUUUAAACUUGUA